AUGUCUGCAGCGUCCUUUAUAACCACUUUGGUCACCCGACUGCUCCGGUCCGCGCAGAGUGGCCGCCUCCAUCAACGCUCUUUCCACCUCUCGGCAGUGCGAAAUGAAGCUGUUAUCAUUUCUGGAAGGAAACUUGCUGAGCAGAUCAAGCAGGAAGUGCGGCAGGAGGUGGAAGAGUGGGUGGCGUCUGGCAACAAACGGCCACACCUGAGCGUGGUUCUGGUUGGAGAGAAUCCUGCAAGUCAGUCCUAUGUCCUCAACAAAACCAGAGCAGCUGCCAGCGUGGGAAUCAACAGUGAGACCAUUGUGAAACCAGCUUCAAUUUCAGAGGAAGAACUGUUGAAUUUAAUCAAUAAACUAAAUAAUGAUGAUAAUGUAGACAGCCUCCUUGUUCAGCUGCCUCUUCCAGAGCACAUUGAUGAGAGAAAGGUCUGCAAUGCUGUUUCUCCAGACAAAGAUGUCGAUGGCUUUCACGUAAUUAAUGUAGGACGAAUGUGUUUGGACCAGUGUUCCAUGUUACCAGCUACUCCAUGGGGUGUGUGGGAAAUAAUUAAGCGAACUGGCAUUCCAACCCUAGGGAAGAAUGUGGUUGUGGCCGGAAGGUCAAAAAAUGUUGGAAUGCCCAUUGCAAUGUUACUGCACACAGAUGGGGCACAUGAACGGCCCGGAGGCGAUGCCACUGUCACAAUAUCUCAUCGGUACACUCCUAAGGAGGAGCUAAAGAAACAUACAGCUCUUGCAGAUAUUGUGAUCUCCGCUGCAGGUAUUCCAAAUCUGAUCACAGCAGAUAUGAUCAAGGAAGGAGCAGCUGUCAUUGAUGUGGGAAUAAAUAGAAUUCAAGAUCCCAUAACUGCUAAACCGAAGUUGGUUGGAGAUGUGGAUUUUGAAGGAGUCAAGAAGAAAGCAGGUUAUAUCACUCCAGUACCUGGGGGUGUUGGUCCCAUGACAGUGGCAAUGCUGAUGAAGAAUACUGUUAUUGCUGCGAAAAAAGUGCUGAGGCUCGAAGAACGGGAAGUACUGAAGUCUAAAGAACUUGGAGUAGCAAGUAAUUAA